AUGUCUGGCCUCAACCCCGGUGACAGCUUCCCCUCCGACGUCGUCUUCUCCUACAUCCCCUGGGCUGAGGAGAGCAAGGAGAUCCAGGCUUGCGGUAUCCCCAUCAACUACAACGCCUCCAAGGAGUGGGCCGACAAGAAGGUCGUCCUCUUCGCCCUCCCCGGUGCUUUCACCCCCGUCUGCUCUGCUCGCCACGUCCCCGAGUACGCCGAGAAGCUCCCCGAGCUCAAGGCCAAGGGUGUCGACGUUGUUGCCGUCCUUGCCUACAACGAUGCCUACGUCAUGAGCGCCUGGGGUAAGGCUAACAACGUCACUGGUGAUGAUUUCCUUUUCCUUUCCGACCCCGAGGCCCGUUUCUCCAAGAGCAUCGGCUGGGCUGAUGAGGAGGGCCGCACUGGCCGCUACGCCAUCAUCAUCGACCACGGCAAGGUCACCUACGCCAAGCGCGAGCCCGCCAAGAACCACCUCGAGUUCUCGAGCGCCGAGACCAUCCUUAAGAACCUGUAAAUGCACCAAUUUCCAAUACUAUAGAGGUUGCAUGGGCUUGAUAGAUGGCGUUGACCUUUAGCUUUGUGGGAUAAUGACCUGGAAUUAAGGCAAACUAAAAGUCAUAUUAGAAAGAGCUAGAUUUCCCACUAGAUAGUUGAAGAAUCUCAACGCAUUACGAUGCUAUGAAAUC